AUGAAAUUGAGAGCUCCUGAUCAUCAUCUUCGUCAGCAUCACUCAGCCCUCUUCUUCUCCAUUUUUCUAUCACUCUCCCUCUCCCUCACUCCACUCCAUGCUCUUCAAACAGUCACGGCAAUUCACAGACGAAUUUUGCACCAGCCUCUGUUUCCAGACAGUUCAUCUCCUCCACCGGAGAUCGAGUCCCCGCCGAUUCCACCGCCCCCGCCGGCGGAUGUCUCAAGUGAUCCAACCGACCAGCCUUUCUUCCAUGAAUUGCCAUCUGGGUCGACCCCAGAUCAGCCCCAAUCCCCUCCGCCACCGUCAAACUCCACCGUUCCGAUCCCACAAGCAUCGCAGCCGACCAAGGGAACCAAAAGAGUCGCCAUUGCCGCCUCCGUCGGAAUUGUCACUCUCGGCAUGCUCUCUGCCCUCGCCUUCUUCCUCUACCGCCACCGAGUCAAGCACCCGUCCGAGUCUGAGAAACUCGUCAAUGGCGGAGGACCCGGUUCCCCGAGAUUCGCAGACGACUCUAGAAUCCCACCCUCCAGCUUCCUCUACAUUGGCACAGUCGAGCCCGGCCGUACGUCGACGACCAGCAGCGAAGCCGUGAGUGGACCCACGACGACCGAAUUGAACCGGUCGCCGUACCACAGGCUCAACUCGGUCAAAAUAUCGGAUCGGUAUCGGCCAAGUCCCGAGUUGCAGCCGCUGCCUCCUCUGUCCAAGCCUCCCCAGAACCUCAACUCACCUUCUCCCGUGUCGUCUUCCGAUGAAGAGAGCCAUGAAACCGCGUUUCAUUCGCCGAACUGCUCUUCUAUCAGCUAUGACGACAGCUACUACACGCCGAGGCAAGGCAGUGUCAAUGGAGGCGCCAAUUGUGCUCCGAUUCAUGUGGCAAAUUCGAUUCCCCAUUCCAAAAGAACUUCUCCAAAAUCGCGCCUCUCGGUUUCUUCUACCACAAGGAACCAGGUUGCUCCGCCGCCUCCGCCACCACCUCCACCGCCACCAAUGCCACUUCAGACGCAAGCCCGCGAUGCGCAACAAAGAACUCCAUCUUAUUCUCAUAAGAGGCCGAAAUUCUCUUCCCCUCCACCACCGCCACCAAAUUUGGCGCGGGUAUCUAGAGCUCCCGUUCCACCUCCGCCGCCACCUCCGCCGUCUCGACCGCCGAUAUUGAGACAGCAGGAAGUUGGGGAUUCGGAAACAGUUACAAAAGUUUCUGCAAUGUCAGCCCAAGUGUCAGCAAAGACACAAUCAUCCUAUGCAUCAAUCCCAAUAGGGUCUUUUGAAAAUGGGACUAGAAAAACUGCUGAGCCAGUUGCUGAUGAGAGUUUUGAAGCUGAUGAUGCUGGAGGGGCAAAGCCCAAGUUGAAGCCUCUGCACUGGGAUAAGGUUCGGGCAACCUCGGACCGAGCCACAGUAUGGGACCAGCUGAAAUCAAGCUCAUUCCAAUUAAAUGAAGACAUGAUGGAGACUCUUUUUGGCUGCAAUUCGGCGAAUUCGGUCCCGAAAGCGAAAGAGCCUAUUAGAAGAUCAGUUCUACCUCCUGUUGAACAAGAAAACAGGGUUUUGGAUCCAAAGAAGUCGCAGAACAUAGCUAUACUAUUGAGAGCACUGAAUGUAGCAAGAGAUGAGGUCAUUGAUUCUCUUUUAGAUGGUAACCCAGAAGGCUUGGGAGCCGAGCUGUUGGAAACUCUGGUAAAGAUGGCUCCAACAAAGGAAGAAGAAAUUAAACUUCGAGACUACCAGGGUGACGUCUCAAAAUUAGGGACUGCUGAACGCUUUUUGAAGGCAGUGCUUGAUAUCCCAUUUGCCUUUAAGAGAGUUGAAGCAAUGCUAUACAGAGCUAACUUUAAUACAGAAGUGAAGUACUUGAGGAAGUCUUUUCAAACGCUGGAGGAAGCAAGUGAAGAACUAAAGAACAGUCGAUUAUUCCUUAAACUCCUCGAAGCUGUUCUCAGGACAGGGAACCGAAUGAAUGUUGGGACCAACCGUGGUGAUGCUAAAUCUUUUAAACUUGAUACACUAUUAAAACUAGUAGACAUAAAGGGAACAGAUGGAAAGACCACAUUGCUCCAUUUUGUGGUCCAAGAGAUUAUAAGAUCUGAAGGUUCAGUGGUUGACUCCACAAAUGAGGAUGCCAAAAAAAUGCCCAUCAAUGCGAAGGAAGAUGAUUUCAAAAAGCAAGGAUUGCAAAUUGUGGCAGGGCUGGGCAGAGACCUCAGCAACGUAAAAAAUGCAGCAGGAAUGGACUCGGAUGUCCUAAGUGGCUAUGUGUCGAAGCUUGAAAUGGGGCUUGAGAAGGUCAAACUGGUUUUACAAUAUGAGAAACCAGAUAUGCAAGGGAAAUUCUUCAACUCGAUGAAGAUAUUUCUAAAAGAGGCGGAGGAGGAAAUUCUUAGGAUCAAGGCUGAUGAAAGAAAGGCAUUAUAUAUGGUGAAAGAGGUCACUGAGUAUUUUCAUGGGGAUACAGCAAAGGAGGAAGCCCAUCCUUUCAGAAUCUUCAUGAUCGUGAGAGAUUUUCUAAACGUAUUGGACCAAGUGUGCAAGGAAGUGGGGAGGAUGCAGGAUAGAACAUUGGUGGGCUCUGCUAGAUCAUUUCGGAUAGCUGCGACUGCUUCUCUACCAGUUCUCAACAGGUAUAAUGUGAGACAAGAUAACAGUUCAGAUGAUGAAAGCUUGUCACCAUGA